CCUUAAAUCCAAAUGAUGGAAAAAAGCCUUAUCCUAUUUCUGUUACUGCUGGCGAAAGCGCAUGCUACACCAUAUGCCCAAGACAUUCUCGAGGAAGAAUGGAGGGCAUUUAAAAUAGAAUAUAACAAGGAAUACCAGAACGAGACCGAGGAGCGACUGCGGCUUAAAAUAUUUUUGCACAACAAGCUGUUGAUAGCCCGGCACAAUCUUAAAUGGGCUGCUGGAGAAGUUAGCUUCAAUUUAACUGUGAACCAAUUUUCCGAUCUGUUGAACCAUGAAUUCAAAGACCUCAUGUUUGGACAAAUGACCCCUGAUGGAUACCAGUUUGAAGGCUCUACUUUUCUGCCGCCAGAGAACUUGACUCUGCCGGAAUCGGUUGAUUGGCGCAAUCACGGAUUUGUUACUCCUGUAAAGAACCAGGGUACCUGUAGAAGUUGCUGGGCUUUCGCCGCUACUGGGGCACUCGAGGGACAGCAUUUCCGCAAAACAGGGAAUUUGGUAUCCCUUUCCGAACAGAAUUUAAUUGAUUGUGUAACAUCCACGUAUGGUUGCAAGGGCGGAAAUCGUAUAAAUGCUUUCCAUUAUAUACACAAUAAUGGCGGCAUCGACACUGAAAGUUCGUAUUCAUACAAGGCUGCUAAAGGCAAAUGCCACUUCAUAAGAGAUACGAUUGGCGCGACCUGCUCUGGGUUUGUAAAAUUGAAGGGGGGAGACGAGAUGGAACUUGCCAAAGCAGUGGCCACAGUCGGACCAGUAUCCGUAAGCAUAAACCCUUCAAAUUCAUUCCGGCAUUACCAUAGUGGAGUUUACUAUGAUCCAACUUGCCGCUCCGAACAUUUAACUCACGCUGUCUUAGUCGUUGGUUAUGGCACCGACGAAAAAUAUGGCGAUUUCUGGAUAGUAAAAAACUCUUGGGGCUCCCAUUGGGGUGAUAAGGGUUACAUUAAAAUGAAACGCAAUGCUAAUAAUCUAUGCGGUAUUGCGAGCAAUCCUUCUUAUCCGUUGAUUUAA